AUGGACCCAGCCCACUUCCCACGACUCUGCUUGUGGUCACUGUGGGCCUUGGUGUCCAGCCCCCACUGGGCUUGUGGCCAAGCAGCAACCCAGCCACACUCGAUCAAGAUAGAAGGGGACAUCACCCUGGGGGGGCUGUUCCCUGUGCAUGCCCGCGGCCCAGCUGGAGUGCCAUGUGGGGAAGUGAAGAAGGAGAAGGGAAUCCACCGGAUGGAGGCCAUGCUUUAUGCGCUGGACCAGAUCAACAGCGACCCUGACCUGCUGCCUAACAUGACGCUGGGCGCCCGCAUCCUGGACACUUGCUCUCGUGACACCUACGCCUUGGAGCAGUCGCUGACUUUUGUCCAGGCACUGAUCCAGAAGGACACUUCCGACGUACGCUGCUCCAACGGCGAGCCCCCCAUCAUAGCCAAGCCUGAGCGGGUGGUGGCCGUCAUUGGGGCCUCGGCCAGCUCUGUCUCCAUCAUGGUGGCCAAUGUGCUCCGGCUGUUUGCUAUCCCCCAGAUCAGCUACGCCUCCACAGCUCCUGAGCUCAGCGACAGCAACCGCUACGACUAUUUCUCACGUGUGGUCCCUCCUGACUCCUACCAGGCCCAAGCCAUGGUGGACAUUGUCAAAGCGCUGGGCUGGAAUUAUGUCUCCACACUGGCCUCCGAAGGCAACUACGGCGAGAGCGGUGUCGAUGCCUUUGUGCAGAUCUCCCGCGAGGCUGGUGGAGUCUGCAUUGCCCAGUCCAUCAAGAUCCCUCGAGAACCCAAACCUGGUGAGUUUGACAAACUGAUCAAGAGGUUGAUGGAAACCCCCAACGCUCGCGGCAUUAUCAUCUUUGCCAACGAGGAUGACAUAAAGCGAGUGCUGGAAGCAGCACGCAACGCCAACCUGACGGGGCAGUUCCUGUGGGUAGGUUCGGACAGCUGGGGGGCCAAGAUCUCCCCCAUUUUGAAGCAAGAGGAGGUGGCCGAAGGAGCUGUGACCAUCUUACCCAAAAGGGCCUCUAUUGAAGGUUUCGACCAAUACUUCACCACGCGCUCCCUGGAGAACAAUCGGCGCAACAUCUGGUUCGCUGAGUUCUGGGAAGAGGAUUUCAAAUGUAAACUCACCCGCCCGGGAUUGAAGCCUGAUGAGAUGGCGCGGAAAUGUACCGGGGACGAGAGGAUCGGUCGUGAUUCAACCUAUGAGCAGGAGGGGAAAGUGCAGUUUGUGAUUGACGCAGUCUAUGCCAUGGCCCAUGCCUUGCAUAACAUGCACUUGGAGCUCUGCCCCGGCCACAUCGGCGUGUGCGACAAGAUGGACCCCAUUCAUGGGCGUACCCUACUGCGCUACAUCCUGGCCGUCAACUUCAACGGCAGUGCUGGAACGCCGGUGAUGUUCAAUGAGAAUGGAGAUGCCCCUGGCCGCUAUGACAUUUUCCAGUAUCAGCUGACCAACACCACGGCCCCCGGGUACAAGGCCAUCGGGCAGUGGACUGAAUACCUGCGUCUGAACAUGGAGGACAUGCAGUGGUCGGGCGGCCAAAAGGACAUCCCCUCUUCGGUGUGCAGUCUCCCAUGCAACCCAGGAGAGAGGAAGAAGAUGGUGAAGGGGGUGCCGUGUUGCUGGCACUGUGAGCUGUGCGACGGCUACCAGUACCAGCUGGAUGAGUUCACCUGUGAGAUGUGCCCCUUCGAUAUGCGGCCCAACCACAACCGCACUGCCUGCCGCCCCACACCCAUUGUCAAGCUGGAGUGGAGCUCCCCCUGGGCUGUGCUGCCCAUCUUCCUGGCCAUCCUGGGCAUCCUGGGCACCACCUUCAUUGUUAUCACCUUCAUCCGGUUCAACAACACGCCCAUUGUCCGCGCGUCAGGCCGUGAGCUGAGCUACGUCCUGCUCACAGGCAUCUUCCUCAUCUACUCCAUCACCUUCCUGAUGAUUGCCGAGCCCGGGGUGGGCAUCUGUGCCCUCCGCCGCCUCUUCCUGGGCUUGGGCAUGGCCAUCAGCUAUUCGGCGUUGCUGACCAAGACCAACCGCAUCUACCGCAUCUUCGAGCAGGGCAAGAAGUCCGUGACACCGCCCAAGUUCAUCAGCCCCACCUCACAGCUGGUCAUCACCUUCAGCCUCAUGUCUGUGCAAGUGGUGGCUGUGGUCAUCUGGCUGGGGGUGCAGCCCCCACACAGCAUCAUCGACUACGAGGAGCAGCGCACGCCCAACCCCGAAUCCGCCCAGGGGGUGCUCAAGUGUGACAUGUCGGACCUCUCCAUCAUCUGCUGCCUGAGCUACAGCAUUGUCUUGAUGGUCACCUGCACCGUCUAUGCCAUCAAGGCCCGUGGGGUGCCCGAGAACUUCAACGAGGCCAAGCCCAUCGGCUUCACCAUGUACACCACCUGCAUCGUCUGGCUGGCCUUCGUACCCAUCUUCUUCGGCACAGCGCAGUCAGCGGAGAAGAUCUACAUUCAGACUACGACACUGACCAUCUCCAUGAGCCUGAGCGCCUCCGUUUCCCUCGGCAUGCUCUAUGUGCCCAAGGUCUACGUCAUCAUCUUCCACCCAGAGCAGAACGUGCAAAAGCGCAAGCGCAGUUUCAAAGCAGCAGCCACGGCAGUCAACGCCUCCGCCAGACUCUCACAGAAAAGUGCCCAGAACGGCGAGAGCAAAGAUGAGAAGCCGGACAGCCUCCAUAAGGUGAUGUACAUCAGUUACACAGAACUGACCAUGGUACCCACAUGA